UGGGGACGGGGUGGGGCAGUCGCCCGCCGGUUGUUGUAGUAACGGGGAAGCGGCGGGAGGGGCGGCGGCUGCCGAGCGCCCUGCCGGUCCGGCCUGCCCGCCCCGCCGGCCGGGGCCAUGUGGGGGCAGGUAACUGCUCCUGCAAGGUCCCUUGAAUCUGCAGGAACGAGUCUUAGAGGCUAUUGAGACUGGGCUGUAUGAAAACUCCCAGAGAAAAUGCCAGUUGGGAUGGCUCGAGAUCUGGAGGAAACUGGCUCAUCCUCGGAGGAGGAGGAAGAUGUUGUAGAUGGGCUGGAGGAUCAUCCAUGUAUCAAGUGGACUGGUGGUGGCUGCAGGCGGAUCCCUGUCUUGGUGUUUCAUGCUGAAGCCAUUCUGACCAACGACAGCUACCUCCGCCUAAUUGGAGAGCGCUACCACUUGUCCUAUAAGAUAGUGCGAACAGACAGCCGUCUGGUUCGAAGCAUUCUGACUGCCCAUGGAUUCCAUGAGGUGCACCCUAAUAGCAGUGAUUAUAAUCUCAUGUGGACAGGAUCACACUUGAAGCCCUACUUGCUGCGUUCCCUUACAGAUAUUCAGAAGGUCAAUCAUUUCCCUAGGUCAUAUGAACUGACACGAAAGGACAGACUAUACAAGAAUGUCAGUCGCAUGCAGCUGGCCCAUGGAUUCAAGACAUUCCAUAUCUUACCUCAGACCUUUAUCCUCCCGACAGAGUACCAGGACUUCUGCAAUACCUAUUCUAAGGACAGGGGUCCAUGGAUAGUGAAGCCCGUGGCCUCUUCCAGGGGUCGAGGUGUCUACCUGAUAAACAAUCCAAACCAGAUUGUCCUGGAAGACAACAUCCUGGUAUCUCGUUACAUCAGCAACCCUCUGCUCAUAGAUGAUUUCAAAUUCGAUGUGCGCCUCUAUGUUCUGGUUACAUCCUAUGAUCCACUUGUCAUCUAUCUCUACGAGGAAGGAUUGGCCAGGUUUGCAACAGUGAGGUAUGACCAGGCAUCCAAGAACAUUAAAAACCAGUUCAUGCAUCUGACCAACUACAGUGUCAACAAGAAGAGUGGAGAUUAUGUCAGUUGUGAUGAUCCUGAAGUAGAGGAUUAUGGAAACAAGUGGAGCAUGAGUGCAAUGCUGAGGUACUUAAAACAGGAGGGGAGAGACACUGCAGCACUGAUGGCCAACGUGGAGGACCUGAUUAUCAAGACUCUAGUUUCUGCUGAGCUAGCCAUUGCCACAGCUUGUAAAACUUUUCUUUCACAUCGUGGCAGCUGCUUUGAGCUGUAUGGUUUUGAUGUUCUUAUUGAUGACACACUCAAGCCCUGGCUGUUGGAAGUGAACCUAUCCCCAUCAUUGGCCUGUGAUGCUCCUUUGGACCUGAAGAUCAAAGCUAGCAUGCUUUCAGAUAUGUUCACUCUUGUAGGCUUCGUGUGCCAGGAUCCAGGCCAGCAGUCAAGCCGGGCCACUUAUCAUUCAUCUGAAUCUGUCAGGAGAAAUCCGUACCAGAAGCUGCAGCGUCCUGUGUCUGCACAGUCGCAAACAGCAAACACUAGAUCGCGUACCCGUCCUCUCUCUGCCAGUGAUGCUGAAAUUAAAAACCCGAUGCCUUCAGGCAGGGAAAAAGCAACAGGAAGGCAAGGCAGCUCUGUGCUAGGUCUCUCCAUGGAAGAGAUAAAAGUUCUUCGUCGAGUGAGAGAGGAGAAUGAACGGAGAGGAGGCUUCAUCCGGAUAUUCCCUACCCCAUUAACAUGGGACCUUUAUGGAUCCUUUUUAGAGCACAAGACAUCAAUGAACUACAUGCUGGCUACACGUCUGUUUCAGGACAGGAGCAAGAUGAAAAGACACAUAACCACUGGGAAGUCCCGAGCAGGUCUUAAUGGAAGGCUGGAUAUGAGGCUUGAAGCUGUAGACUCUCAUGCUUUUUUUUAUGAGAGAAAGCUCGUUUCACUGGAGUUACGGAAGCGCCAGCAAUGUCGUGGCAAGGCGAGAGCAGCACGGACAAGAUCAUCAGGGACAUCAGAACCAAGAAAGCUGUCCCUCAAGUCAGACACAGAAGGUGAGGAGGAAGAGGAGGUGAAUGCAGAUGAAGAUGAAAAGCUAGAUAGAACUGUUGGCUCUUUUUCGGACACCGAGGUGAAAAGCAAGCCAAAACUCACUGACUUGGUGAAAACUACUUGUAAGGAGACGUUGCCAAAAAAACUUGACAAGAAAACUGGAGAUGGAGGAGAGCCAUUUCUUAAAAAAACAGACUCAGAAUCUCAGUUUAAUUUGCUGCAAAUUCUUCAAAAGCAUGGAAACCUGAGCAAAGUGCAAGCUCGCAGGGCUUUCUCUGCCUAUCUACAGCACGUUCAGUUGCGACUGAUGAAGGAAGUUGGUGACCAGAUCCAGAAUCCUUCCUGGGCUGCCAAAGAGGAUGAGCAAAUGGAGCUUGUGGUACGAUUUCUGAAGCGAGCUGCCAGCAAUCUUCAGCAGUCCUUGAGGAUGCUCCUCCCCAGCCGUCGUUUAGGACUAGAUGAUCGUCGUCGUAUCCUGGCUCACCAAUUGGGCGAGUUCAUAAUCUGUUACAACAAGGAAACAGAGCAGAUGGUUCAGAAGCGAUCAAAAAAGAAACAGGAAGAGGAGGAGGAGGGAGUGAAUCCUGAAGGUUUUCAGAACUUUAUUACCAGAGCAAGUGAAAGUGAGCUGGAGGAAGUGCUGACGUUUUACACACACAAAAACAAGUCAGCAAGUGUCUUCCUAGGAGCAAACUCCACAAGCACAAAACCCAGCAACACCAGUAACCAGUUAGAGAAACAGCCUCAAGGGGAUCAUCCUGAAGUGGUGAAAAAAAUAAAAGGUGAUAGGCCCAAAAGUUCAGUUGCGGAUCUGCCUGCAGAAGGAGCAUUAAAAGGCUAUAAACCGAAAGAAGUUAAAUCAACCUUUCCAGAAGGACCCACCUUCUCCUUAAAUGCUGAAGUGAAAUUACCUCGGUGUGGCCCUUCCAGUGCUUCUUCCUCUGUUUCUGGUGCCAUGCUGCAGAGAAGUACCAGUCCCUGGAUACCGUCUCAGCCUGCAGCAUCUGAAAAUUUGCAGAUGCCUGGUCACCACUCAUUGCCAGCUCCUCCAGUUGGUCCCAGGCUGAUUCGGUCCACAUCCCCGCUACCCUCCUCGCAGAGCACAGCUCCUGACAGCUCUUCUAUCUUCACAAACCCAGUGUCCAGUGAGGCUUCUAGCCUUGCAGGGUUACAUCGUUGUCAUUCUGGUAGCUACACCAUUGGCCCAUUCUCAUCUUUUCAGAGAGCUGCUCAGAUCUACAGCCAAAGAUUGUCCCGACCAUCCUCUGCAAAAGUAGGCUUGUGCCGUCGCAGUCCACAUGGGCAGUGUGUGGGCUCAGCCAGGAUGAACAAAGAUGCAGAAGAUACUUCUUCCCAAGGCAAACGUUAUAGCCCCAGUAUGGUAGCAGCAGAACUGCAGCAGCUGGCAGAAAAGCAAGCAGUCUGUCAGUAUUCCCCUCCAAGCCACAUGGGUCUCCUUACACAGCAGUUAACAAACCUGAACUUGGCAAGUGGAGCUGUAAGCAAGGGGAAUGCAGCUGCCCCACAGAGCUACCGGUCACUGCUCAACAAAAGAGGGUCAUUGUGGGCUGUUCAGUCAGACAGUAAUAUAGCUGACAGAAGAUCUGUGUCUUCAGCAGUCAGGGCUCCAGAGAAUCAUCAUUUUGCUUGGGAAGGAGAGAUGGAGAACAGUGUCUACAACAAGGUGAGACAGAGUCCGCUGGCACAUCCCAACUAUCAGCUCCAUUUUGCUGUGCAGCAACUUCAGCAGCAGAAACUUCAGUCACGACAGCUGUUGGAGCAAAGCCAAGCCCGGCACCAGGCUCUCUUUGCCAACUACUCACAAUCCAGCACCAGCCAUAUACCUAUGCCAGCUGGCUCUGAGGCCUGCAAGACAUCAAGUGCCACUUCUAGUAUCCAGAAGGCAGCCAGUCUGCACAAAGUGAUGCCAUCCCAGGGUACGCCUUCUCAGCUGGUUCCAAAGCCUCCAGCAAACCACAGGCAGGCAGUGGUCAGAAAGGCUGCAGCCCAGAGGACUUCCAAGGUGACCUCCACUGAAAGGCAACUGAAUGGGUUCCAGAACAGCAUUCGUAGUGCUGCAUCCUAUGAGCCAGGGACAAAUUCCACAGCCUCUGCUCGCAGAGAAGGACUAACACUGAACACCAGGUGAGGAAUCCAGGGUGUUACUUCAAGUAUGGGGCAAAGGAAAAAGCAGCAGUGACUUCAUACCACCACACCCCCGUAACGCCCAGGAAAGAGUGAAGAAGAGGCCCUCAUAAGAGGACAACCCACUGAGGCGAGUACCUGGACAUCUGUGGAAGCUGGUGAUACACCUGCAACCUGAGGUGAAUGAUUGCAUCUGAGAGUUUCUGCUGCUGAGUCUUGGGGUCCAUUCCUUCCACCUCUUCGAUCACUAACCAUGAGAUCCUUCUAUAAGACAGAGGUCCUUCAGCUAUCUGUUUUGUUCUUCCUAUGGUCCAUGUUUGAACAUAAAAUCUCAGUUGCUCAGCCGUUUCAGUCUGUCCUAGUCUGGUAACAGCCAAGAUUCUCUGCUGUCAUCACAUUGCAAACAUCAGUAGAGAAAAAUAUUAGAACAUACGACUGCAGACAUCCAUGUUGGUUGCCAUCUUGAAUAUUGGCACAGAGCCAUAGAAAUGAUUGGUUUGAAUAAAGUAAUUUCAUUUGUUUGUUUUGGUUAUAAUUUCAGUUAUUAAUUCACACCCCCAAAAUAUUUGCUGUCAUUAUAUUGGACAGGAUUUUAAAUCUGUCUUUAUGUUUUACUGUUGGAUGCUUAUGUUCUGUGUGGCUUAUUUUUGUAUUUUGGUUUCUGUUUGUUUAGGCCUUAUGAACUUUUUUAAUUGGCUGAAGUUUUCAGACCCAGGCUUGAACCCUAAGGCCCAGGUGUCUCCUAUCAGUUGCAAUAGUGGUUUGGUGAAGCAGUCCAGUUAAAAUUUGCCUAAUGCUAUGAAAAUUAAUUUGCUUGUGUUAGGAAACAACAUCAGCAGCUGGAAAAUGUAUUGGAAAGGAGAUCCACCCAUCCUUAAAAUGAACAGGAAGCAGCUUCAGCUCUGGCUCUUUGUUGGUGGCAGGUUAAAGGAAAACUCAGUAUUUUGCAACCUCUGCAUUGUCAAACAAGUGUGGUAUGACUGUAAUUCUCUAAGGAUACAAAAUCUCCUGUUGUUUGUAUCAGAGCUCUCAGAGACUGGAUUCUAAUAGCCUGUUUGAUCUGUUUUCUUAUUCCACAGCUCCCCUGUCAUUUCUAGCCUGUAUAGUCAGUGUUAAGAGAUCACGCUCAUGUGUUGGCAAGUAGAUAAUGAUCAAUCUAAAUGGCUGACAGAAGAAACAGCAUCAGAUGGGGAAAGUGUUUUUUCUUGAAAUGAUUGUGUUUAUGUUCACUCUUGGAUUGUGCAUAUCUUCUGUCAUUCAAGAUCAGAUAAAUUGUGAGAAGAUGAAAUAAUUGUGUUUAUACCCCAUUAGUUUCACUAUUGCUUGCUCCAGGAAUGAAUUCAUAGGAUAGAACAGGCAUUUUUCUAUUUCUGUUCUACUCACGCAUAUGACAGACAUCGAAUACUUCAUUUGUCCAUAAUGCAGUUCUCUGAUGUAUCUCUUCCCUUUCUUACUUCAUUGGCUUAUCUUUCAUUUCCUAGACAGUCACAAUCCUGUUCACUUUCUUUGCGUUUUCAGCCAUGUUCUUCAGGAAUCUCCACAGCGUUUGUCUGCUGCCUGUGCCGCCAUCACAUUACCAUCAGUGACCAAGAGAUUUGUAAAAUCUUGUGAAGUUACUUUCAGAUCGUGUCUCUUCUGUCUGUAAUCAUUGAAUUCCACCCAUGGAUCUCUGAGAUAGAUGAUUCUACUGGUGCAUAAAGUUGUCAGCUCACAAUUAGUGAAGAUUUAGUUGCAGAAGUUACUUCAAGUUUCUACACACUCUCAGCAGCUGUGGGCUUCAAGACCUUGGGACUGUCUUCUCAUAGCCUACUCUGCUACAUGUGGUAUUGGCUAUAACCUCCAGCUCUGUUCCAGAACUGUUGGAGGGGCUAUUUCCCUAUAAGAUUUAGCAUCAGUAAAUAAUGGAUUUCAUUCCUUCCUUCCAGGGGAUCCGAGUUAUCCUUAUUCCACUGGGUUUCAUGUGCAGGAUUGAGUAGCUACAGGAUAUACAUCCUUGUGGAACUCUCAUCUGUUUUUGUUCUCUAGUUUCUUUGUUCAGGUUGUCACAGCCACCACUGAAAACUAUAGAGAGGUUUGGAGGAUAGAGAUUUAAAUGAACAGUUAGUCCAGGAAAGGUGAUUGUCUUCAGAGGAUCAUUGGCAGAAAGAGCAUUCUUACAUCUUUGUCUGGCAAAUUACCAAUUAGUGCUGGCUGAUUAUGAACAUAGGUUAAUUGUUUUGUCAGCUUUGCCAGCCUCCCACCCACUCCUUAUGGGAUAAUGAUUUGUACUCAGUUACAGCCAGCAUGUUUUCUGAACUUCUUUGCACUGCAUGUUGGAUGUAGCCAACACCACAUCUGCAACUGUGAUGACUUAGUAGCAGUAUAUUAGGCAUCUUAUCUCCAAGAUUUUUGAAAUAUUCACAGAAAUGCACAUUGCAGUCUAAGACUCUCAUUUUGAAGGGAUGAAUUUUGUCAGCUUCAGGACCAGUGAAGUCUUGUAUUGUUUGUCCCAGGAAAAUUUUUCUUCUGCUUCCAAAAAAAAUAAAAAACCCCUAGGAAUAUCAAGACUGGUCCUUUAUCUCAAGCCAAACACCUAGACCUUGAACUCCAGUUCAGCCUCAGGAUAUGUUAGGGCAGCCAGGGCAUCGAAGGAAAUAGCAGUAUUCCUUUGCCUUGGGCAUCUGCUGAUCCCAGCUCUGAACACAAAUGCUGUCACCUUGCGAACACAUGCAAUGGAGAAUCCAGCCGCUUAUUUUUUCCAUCUCCCUGUACUCCUCAGCCUGGGGUCCAUGUAUGUCUUUGUGCAUGGUGGAUACUGUGUACUGUAUUUUGUCUCUUUGCAGCUCUGUAGCCUCCUUGCCUGUUGCUUUUCAAAAACCUCUUAGAGAGUGCUUCAGUUAAGAGAUUCAGUGGGGAGGCAUAGAACUGUUUCCUACACGUCUUGGAGAGAAGGCAUUUUAAGGAAGUGUUUUCUAGUACAAGGGAGGAAAGGAGAAUAGCAAACCAUUUUAGAUUUAUAACAGUUGCACACAAGGGGAGUACAAUUAUAUGCAUACUCCUCAAAUGGGGAUUAAUUUGUGUCUGCCUUUAUGACAUUUACUUCCCUGUAUUCAUCAAUGAAUUUCAUCAAAAGUGCCUUUGUUUACUGUAAGAAAAGAGAAUUACCUAUAGAAAGCCCCAGCAUUCAUUCAGCAUCUACUUCAGUGGUGAGACUGGGUAAUAUAAACAGGAGGUCCUCCUUUCUUAUUCCAUUAUGUUUGCAUCACUUCUAAGCUAAGGAGCCUGUUCCAAGGACAGAGAAUCAGGUUAGUCUUGAAAAGAGUAAUAUGCAUAUCAGAGUCCUAGAGGCUGAGGUAAUGCAGAGUUCAUACAAGCGUUUUGUGCCGUGUUUAAGUGAUGAGCAUACCACAACAUAAAAAUGAAGGGAGGGAUAUUAGAUUCGCUCAUCUCCAGAAGCAGCUGACUUGUACUCAGUACAUGAAGUAUUAAGUUCACUUCUACAUGGUUCAUCUUGUAAACAGAGUUCUGUGAGUGCCAUCAGUGGGAGAUCAUGUUAUGCCACUAGAUAGACCACUUAGUCUUGGAUGCCAAUGAGACAUACUGAAAUUUCCAUUCUCAAGACUAGAUAUGCUUUUGGACAAUCAUGGUUUGUUUUAAAUCUUCCUCAUUAUGAUGCCUGGAAGUCGACAUACAUAUCUCUGAUACUGGUUCCACACUGUGGCAGGAAUUUUUGGUAUCAAAACCUUUGUUUACUGGUAGGAUUCUCAGUGCUGUGCCUCUUCCUCAUACCAGAAUAUGGAUAGUCUCUGUGUGCAUGGAGUUAAAUGGCUGGCAGUGCUGGACCAUUCCUCCUCUUUACCUGUGAAGGAGAUCAUCAAUUUAUAGAUGAGUUUACAGAACAGACUGGAUUCUCAGCUUGCAUUCUUUCAGGCCUGUACCUUGUACUAAUACAACAGUUCCAGUCAUUUUGGAUUAUUUGCUGGAAACAAAAGUAGUCUGUCUUCUGACUUAUUUUUGUUAAGGUUUACUUGAUCAAACUGCCAAGGAUGUUUUUCCUCAGUCAGUCGUACAUUUGCUGCUGCUUAUAAUGCUGGGCUCACUGUUUGAAUCUGGAUGGGUUAUUUGCUGGUGUUUAAAUAGUUUGAUUUUUUUUGGUUGCAGUAAAUGGCUGAUUGAUCCUCUUCAUGCUGUUUCCUUUCUGGAUACAUUAUUCCUGCGGAUCUGUCAUGAGUUUCUUUGAAAGAAGCUUCUGAGGUUUACUUAAACUUGGGGCUUGCCCUUUUCUUCUUUCUAGAACUGUAUGUUUCUAGAGCUAAGACAUACUUGUUUACAUCAAACAUCAGGAGGACCUUAUUUUAUCUUUACAGAAUCAGGUCAGUCAAACAGUCCUUGAGAUUGGUUAUACUAAGAGCACAAAACUUAACAUUCAUAAUUCUCUUCAUGCAGAACGUGGUUAAUUGGAAAAGAGAUGGGCAAGGAGGAGUGUGAGGGAGAAGGUGAAAAGGGAUUAAUUGUUCACAGUCUUGCCCACUAGAAGCGGGAGCAUCAAAUGAAACUAACAGGAAUCAGAUUCAAAGGAAAAAAGAAGGGGUGUGUGCACAAUUUUUUUUUUCAUAGUAUAUAAUUGACCUAUGGAACUCCUUGUCACAAGAUGCUGUGGAUACAAAAAAUGUAUCCAGUUUGAAAAGACAAGUAGAAAAAUCCAUGAAAAGGUAAUCUGUUAGGGCAUAUUAAAUAUUAAAACUAAAAAACAAGCAGGAAUUUUCUAAGACUUUUCAAGUGACUGUUCUGGGGGAAUAUCACAAUGGGAUUUUCCAAUUUUUAGCUUGUCUAUCAGGCACAUGCUGUUGACCACUGUCAGAGACGAGAGGUGGGCUAGAUGGUCCUGUAGUCUGACUUUGUAUGAAUGUUUUAUUUUGACAGUUGCAGUACAGCUUACUGGAACUGCCAAGGCAAAGCUGCCUUCCAUGACAGUGGCAUGUGCCACCAGAAUUCACUCUGUGGUAUUGGGUUCUUUAAGAAAAGUCUCCAUUGCUAACAUCUGGGCAGCCUGUUCCAAUGCCUGACCACUCUUUCAGUAAAGAAAUUUUUCUUUAAAAAGAGACCAUUCUUCAGUAAAGAAAUUUUUCCUAAUAUCCAAUCGAAACCUCCCCUGACACAGCUUGAGGCCAUUUCUUCUCUUCCUAUCACUACUAAUUUGGGAGAAGAGACCAACACCCACCUUACUACAACCUCCUUUCAGGUAGUUGUAGAGAGCAAUAUUUUAGAAAAUCUCAUUUCACCAUAGUUAUAGCAGUGGUGAAGUGUAGUCUCCUUCCCCCAACUAAAAGGAGACAAGGUACUCGGUGUUAUUACGUUCGAGAGUCAUAAAAUCUCCUCAAAAAAAUGUUUUGGUGUUAUCAAUCUAAUCCCUGUGUCUUGAGUACUACCAUGUCAAAAGUCAGGAAGGGAUCUUCACAAAGUUUCUCUACUGCCAAGUCCAAAUGUUUGACUGUCAUCACUUCCUCAUUCUACUACAAAAUUUGUUUUUUCUGAGAUUGGGGAAGAAAAAUUAUAAGGGAUUUCCCCCCACUGUUUCCAGUAAUUACUAUAUAAGAUUGACCUCAUGUUUUUCAAGUAGUUUUGCCUUAUUUGUAUGACCUUCUAAAAAGGUCAUCCUGUGUCAGAUAUAUUUAAUAGAUCUAGGACGUCUGCCAUUCUUCAAGAUGUGCAGAUUGACAGCUGUGAAUCUAGUGGGAGGGCAAAUGAACUUGCGGGCAUCCAAUUAGUGCCACUACUUACAGUACUUAUGCUUCCAGUUGCAUGAUGCUUCCCCAUCCAGAUCAGGGUUGUCUUCCCUCCUGAAAGUGUGUUUUCUCCACCUUUUCUAAUUCCAGAAAUUGUGUGGAAUACAUUUUAUCUGCGAUAUCAGCUAGGAAUUUUUUUUCUUAUCCACAGGGUUCCAAAGCUCAUGUCUCCCUACGUCUACUGAAAAUUUCUCGUUAAAAAUGCCUAAGAAUAAAGAUUGGUGGCUCUUCCUGCCAAAUUGUGGCUCUGCAAGCUUCUUAGGUCUUUUGAAUGAUAGCUUUGCCAAGGGCAGGUGAAAUUGAUAAAAAUGAAAGACAAUUUAAAGUGUGUAGCCAGCACAUUAUAGCUGCUGCCACGCCAUACUUCCCUGAGAUUUUAUUGCCAUCUCCUUUAUUUUGUUUCUCUUUGUUGUUUGUUCUCUUCAUUUGUUUCCAGUUCUUCAGCUCAACACAAUAGAGCACUUAGCAUGGUAGUAUCCAUAUGAGAUCUCCAGAUCCUAAAGUAUAGCUAGAGAUUUCUGUAGCAAGUGUCCUUUGAGGGGGCAGAUGUCAAAUUGUGUCACGCAAGACAGCUUGUUGCAAGCUGGAUGUCUUCCAGAGACUCUUGUUGUGAGUCAGACUGUCUGCUACUGCUUUCCCCCACAAGUGGAGCUUCUUACAAAUCCUUGAAAAAAGUGGAGAUCUUCCAAGCAUCUAGUCUACUUGCAAGAGAGUUUCAGCACUUCAAAAGGCCAUAAAUUUUUGUUUCAAGAAAGGACCAGAACAUGGUUACCAAGACAUUCCCCAGUCAUUACACUACGUGCAUUGUACAAAUCCUGUAAGAUUUGCCCUGACUGCACAGCAAAUCUUUGCUUAGUCUGCUUCCUGAGGAGGAUAAUAACUUCAGGAGAAAAAAGAAAUCCUUCCUGAAGAUUGUCAGGAAAUCUCUGGUUUGAUAUGACCCAGCUGGCUUCUUUCAUCAAGUGAUGUACAUGCACUGGCCGUGAUAUGUUAUUAUAAUGCCUCAUGCCGAUUUCUGUAUGUGAUGAAUGAAUGUCUGUAAACAGCUAGUGAGAAAUGUCUGAGUGUUGGCAGACCAGAAAAGGAAGUCACCUUUGCUUUCUGCAACAUGCAUAACCCCUACAUGUAAUUAUUUCUUGCAUCGGUCUCUGUGGACAGCAAUGAGGUAUCAUCUUGCCUAACCAACUAAGUAGAAUGAGAGAUAAAGAAUAUCACUCUGCACAAAGACCACUACGCCCCUGAAAGGGGGAGAAAGAAAUUUUUGUCUUUAGAAGAUACCGCUUGAAAGACUGGUAUUCCUUGGUAUAAUUCAACAGUGCCAGCAUAUACCACAGGGGACAGAGUUUCUGCCUGAAAGCUGUUCACUAAGUCUGCAGGAUGUGGGAAGCCAAUAAUGUGUGGGGUUUUUUGCCACAAGCCACAGCUGUAAAGAAACCUCUAUUCUGUACUAGAUAUAAAGAUCCUUAUCCCUAAGUGUAUUUUCCAUGAAAUCAUAGCCCAGUACUAGAAAAGGCCCAGCUGCUUGGUUGAAUACCUUCAGCCCAACUCUGCCAUCUUCCUUAGGCAACCUAGCCCUAGAUAACGAUGUUCUAAAAACAGCUGAAUAACUGAGGCCUGUAAUUUUUGAAAUUAGUCUUUCCUGGAAACACACUGUGACAUCCGAAGUACUGUACCAUGUUCUUUCUGGAAUUAUAAGCAUAAGUGGCAUCUCAAAUACAUUACUGUCAUUUAGAGAUGUAAGAGAAUGGCAACCAUUAAUCAGCAGUUUUCAUUUGCUGUAUUUCUUGUUGAUAUAUCUGAAUUCAUUUCUAAGACAAUCUAUUUCCCAGUGAGUAAAACUGUCUCAUCUCUUCUAUAUUCACUUGUUGCAUGAUAAAGGAUCUUGCAUUUGUACAGAGCAGCUGAAGCCUCUCUUCAAGAGAGGACAAAAGUCACUGAGCUUAGUUGCUUCCAUCUGCCACUCCUGGAGCUGCAUCAAAAGUGAACCAGGGCUUAAUUGACUUCCCUGUAUAAAAAAAGAAAAUAUUUGUAAAGCAGAGAGCUGAAAGUCCAGGUGUUCUUUUACUAAACGUCAUAGUAUGCAUGUUAGUUAUUCAUUUUAUACCUCUUUUGACCAAUAUAUUCCAAUGAUUUUGAAUGUAAAAGACAUUUUGAUAGGUGUUAUUUUUAAAGAAUUAAAAGGUGUGCUUUCCUCCUU